CUAGCGAGAGAAAACGACUAUUUUUCGCGCCCUUUCUUCUUCGCCUCCUCCCGUACCAGAAUUUACUCUUCUGCCGCCAAGCAAUCCACAUCCACCCGCCCCCCGGUCUCCAGGAUCCGCCUCGCGCUCAACGCCCGUUUGGUUGCUGGUCCCCUGUCCCGUUUCUUGAAUCUCGUCCGCGCGUGUGCUAGUCUCCAGGAUCUCGUUUCUUGAAUCGAUUUGGCUUACGGUUUCUGGUCGAUUUCCCGGUGGAAUUUAAUCGCUCUGUUUGCUCUAAUCCUGUUUUUAUCAAUACGAUUGCUGUUUCUUGCCGUUCUUGAUGAUGCUGACCGACAUGUCAUCACCGGAGAGGAGUAGCGGGCGAUGUCCGUCACCGUGGCCGCCUCUCCAGGAGGCCGGCUCCAGCCCCUACAUGCCGUCGCUAUGCUCGCCGUCCGGCAGCCCUGCCGUCAAGCGCUACGGCGACAGGUAACAGGUUCAUCCCCAACAGGUCAGCGAUGCACAUGGACAUGGCGCACUACCUUCUGACGGAGCCGAGGAAGGACAAGGAGAACGUGGCGACGCCGCCGUCACCGGCCAAGGAGGCGUAUCGGAGACUGCUACCCGAGAAGCUGCUCAACAACCGCACCAGGAUCCUCGCUUUCCAGAACAGGCCGCCUGAGCCUGCCAACAACUUCCUCGCGGAGCUGCGUGCCGAUGCGGCUUCCAUCCAGGACAAACCGGCGAGGCAGCGUCGAUACAUCCCUCAGUCCCCAGAGAGGAUGCUGGAUGCGCCAGGCCUCGUUGAUGAUUACUGCCUUAACCUGCUGGACUGGGGGAGCGCCAAUGUGCUGUCGAUUGCACUGGGCAACACGGUAUACCUUUGGGACGCCUCAAGUGGCUCGACGUCUGAGCUCGUUACCGUUGAUGAGGACGAUGGCCCUGUCACUAGUGUUAGCUGGGCUCCUGAUGGCCGCCACGUUGCUAUUGGCCUCGACUCCUCAGCUGUCCAGCUCUGGGAUUCCACCUCUAACCGACUGCGGAGAACGCUGCAAGGUGUGCAUGAGUCGAGAGUUGGUUCACUGGCAUGGAACAACAACAUCCUGACCGCUGGUGAUAUGGACGGCAAGAUUGUGAACAAUGAUAUGAGGAUUAGGAACCAUGCCGUGCAGACAUACCAUGGGCACCACCAGGAGGUGUGUGGACUUACGUGGUCAGGAUCAGGGAAGAGGUUGGCCAGUGGUGGGAACGACAGCCUCCUCCACAUAUGGGAUGUGUCUAUGGCAUCGUCUGCACAAUCUACAGGUCGCACCCAAUGGUUACACAGGCUUGACGACAACUUGGCUGCCGUGAAGGGGCUUGCAUGGUGCCCAUUUCAGAGCAACCUGCUGGCAUCCGGCGGUGGCGUAGGUGACAGAUGCAUCAAGUUUUGGAACACACACACUGGCGCAUGCCUUAACUCUGUUGACACUGGGUCACAAGUGUGUGCACUGCUCUAGAACAAGAAUGACAGAGAGCUGUUGAGCUCGCAUGGUUUCACGCAGAAUCAGCUCGCCCUAUGGAAGUACCCGUCGAUGGUUAAGAUGGCUGAACUCAAUGGCCAUGCUUACCCUGUCCUCUACAUGGCCCAGAGCCCUGAUUGUUAACAUGUAUUGUAUAAACUCAUGUAUGUGUACUCUAGUCCGCUCCUGAUCUUUAGGAUCUGAGCCCUCGCCCAGGCCUGCGUGCCACCUAGUUCGGGCUCCCUUGUAACUUCUUGUAUAAAUUGUACAGUCCGCAUCCAAGGCAAUACACAGAGCAAAUUCUAUCGCCUAACUCUGAUGGUUGCACAGUGGCAUCUGCUGCGGCAGAUGAGGAACUGCGGUUCUGGAACGUCUUUGGGACUUCUGAUGCUCCGAAGGCUACAGUCUACAGGGGAACGUUCAAUUGUUAUAAUCACAUCCGCUAGAGAGAAGUCGAUAUUAUAACUCUGAACUACCACCAAAGUCUAAUAUCCAAACCCCCAAACUUCAAAACCGUCCACUUCAGUAUGCCCGUAACUUAUAUUAGUUGCUACUUUUACAUUGAUCCAGAUGAACGUCAAGACCAGUUUGAUGUAUUAUACAUAACAGAUGUCGGUGAUAUAUAGUAUUUUUUGUAAUGAACUAUGCACCGUCUCGAAAGCAUGUGUCGUCCGAGAGAAUUCGAA